CAUGCUUAGUAGGAGCUGAACAUCUUUCCAGGGAGCAGAGGCUCCCUGGAAGCUUCUAGAAGUUCCUUCGUCUGGCUGAAGAGGAGCAACCUUACACACACAGGUCGAAGAGAAGAGCCUGGCCAGCACUGCCGCUCACUUUUGAACUGUUUGGUGGUCAACAUGGUGAAGGAAACAGGUUUUUAUGACCUGCUGGGUGUAAAACCCAAUGCAAGCCCUGAUGAACUGAAAAAAGCCUAUCGCAAGCUGGCCUUGAAAUACCACCCAGAUAAAAAUCCAACAGAAGGGGAGAAGUUUAAACAGAUUUCCCAGGCCUAUGAAGUGCUCUCAGAUGCAAAAAAGAGAGAAGUGUAUGAUCGAGGAGGAGAGAAGGCCAUUAAAGAAGGAGGCAAUGGAAGUGGAGGGGGGGGCUUUGGCUCCCCGCUUGACAUUUUUAACUUGUUCUUUGGUGGAGGGAGCCGCAUGCAGCGAGAGAGGAAAGUGAAGAAUGUAGUUCACCAGCUGACAGUGUCUUUGGAGGAGCUUUACAAUGGAGCCACCAAAAAACUGGCUGUACAGAAAAAUGUCAUCUGUGAAAAAUGUGAAGGACGUGGGGGUUGCAAAGGAGCCAUGGAAGUGUGUCCGUCAUGCAGGGGCACUGGGGUGCAGGUUAGGCUACAUCAGUUGGUUCCUGGCAUGGUCCAACAGAUCUCCACCAUCUGUGGUGGCUGCCACGGCCAAGGUCAACGCCUGAGCCACCGUGACCGCUGUAAAGCUUGCGCUGGACGCAAAAUCCUGCGACAGAAAAAGAUUCUGGAAGUGCACAUUGAUAAAGGCAUGAAAGAUGAACAGAAGAUUGUUUUCCACGGGGAAGGGGACCAGGAGCCUGGAUUAGAACCUGGAGAUAUCAUUAUUGUCUUAAAUCAGAGGGAACAUCCUGUGUUCACGAGACACGAUGAGGACCUGAUCAUGACCAUGGAUCUUCAGCUUGUAGAGUCAUUGUGUGGCUUUGAGAAACCUGUCAAUGCACUGGACAACAGAGUUCUCCUUAUUAGAUCACAUCCAGGCGAAUUAAUUAGACCCGGCGAUAAGAAGUGUGUACUGAACGAGGGGAUGCCUAUAUACCGUCGGCCAUUCGAGAAAGGCAGACUUAUCAUCCACUUUAAUGUUGUCUUCCCUGAGGCAAACUUCCUCCCUGUAGACAAACUGAAGCAGCUGGAGCAGUAUUUCCCUGACACGCGGGAGAAAAGCGAGUCCGACAGCAUGGAAGAUGACCUCUACAUUUACGCUGACCUCGAGGACUGUGAUCUCUCCCAUCGACGGCGCCAACACCACUACAUAGAGGAGGAAGAGGACUUUCACCCAGGUGGAGGGGUUCAGUGUCAGACCUCGUAGGACUUUUAUUGCUUAUAAUGCCAUGCCUCCCCUGCCUUCUGUUUCCCCCCGUAAAUGCACUCAUGGUUCAUGGUUUAUAGUUCAUGGUUGAGUUUUAAAAGAGAGAUUGGGGCUACUAGGGGGUUAGAGCAGAUGGCAUUUCUAAAACAAUUCUCCUGAUUUGCCUGUUUAUGGGACCUCUUUCUGUUUGUGACUGAUGUCAUCUUAUUUGGUUUCGAUUCACUACUGUGCACGAAAGUACAAAAAUCUACAGUCCAGAGCCUUUAUGUGAGAAACUUGUUCAGACGAUCUGCUAGUUUUGUGUGGGAUGCAGUUUCUGAAAUGUUACUGUGUUCAGAUAUCUGUGGAACGUCCCACAUCAGCUGCCAAAAGUGAAAGCACAAACACAAUGAAUCUGCCAGUGACGACACAAGCUUCAAAAACUGAAGGCAGGUUCUGUUUUUGCUGCUUUUGUGGGCACUGUGUGCUCUACAGCGUGCCACUGUACUUUUUCCCUAAUGAUACUGUGAUGACUAGGGUUGCAACGGUAUGAGAUU